ACCAGCUUGAAACCCAUCAGAUAUACAAUACAUAUACUCGUAAAAUAAAUUUAAAUAAAAUUCGUAUAUUUUAAACUCUUUUAAAAUGAACAUGGGUAGGAGUGUUGCCGUACGCUCCAUUUUCCUCGGUUGUCUCCGGGAAAAUGCCACCAAUAUGCGACGGGAGCACGAGGAUCUGGGUCGUCGCAUCGCCAUUUCCCUGGCAAAUUCCCGAAGGACUCUGGCCAAUAUCGAGAACAUGAAUCAGGAGCUGCAGAAAAUGAAGGAAACUAUCCAUAAUGCCCUCAACAAUAUACGCAGAGAUGCGGAUUAUGAAAACAAGUCUUGUCAAUUGCUCCUGAGCAUUUUGUGUAUAGUCGUUGAUGAAUUCGGUGUGGAAGCCAAAUUAAAUCCCAAAAUUGUCUCCCAAAUGUUCAUUGAGGCGGAUCCUGCAACUGAUGAGCCAGUCCUACAGGCUCUUGAUAUUGUAAAGGAUGUUCCCGAAAUGGCUCCAAACUCCUCACUAGACAGCAUUGAUAUAACUGAGCCUUUAGCUGGACCAAAACCAUUAGAUGCUGUGGAGAAUUCUCAACCUAAUAUACCUGGCUCGAACUUGAUUGACAUGGAAAGAAUUUAGUCCUUUGCCGAUUCCCAUAUUGUUUUGGAGUAAGCCAGUGUUCAGGACUACAAAUGUUAUAUUUUUUAUCGAUUCCAUUAAAUUUGCA